UUGAUCUCUAAUUUACUAGAAUUCUUGUGUCCGCCUCCCUGCCUUUACCGGCAGGACGGCAGCGGAGGCGGAAAGAAGGUGGGGAACGGCUGGGACAGGGAGAUGGCCGCGGAUGGAGGAAGCGGGGAAACGGUGGAGCAGUACCGAGCCGAGGUGGAGCGCCUUACACGCGAGCUCGCCGAGGCCAACCGAGAGAAGAUCCGCGCGGCUGAAUGCGGGCUGGCGGUGCUGGAAGAGAACCAGACCCUGAAGCAGCAGUAUGCAGAUCUGGAAGCUGAACAGGAGACCAUGAGGCAGGAGCUAGAGCAGCUGCAGGAGGCCUUCAGCCAGGCAUAUUCCAUCCAGAGAAAGGUAGCAGAGGAUGGGGAGACUAAUGAGGAGGCUCUGCUGCAGGAGUCGGCCACCAAGGAAGCUUAUUAUAUGGGCCGCCUGCUGGAGCAACAGUCUGAGCUGAGGCACACCCGCUCUCAAGCUUCCAACACACAAGCAGAAAAUGAGAGACUAGGCACCAUCCUGCAGGAGCUCCGUGAGAGUAAUGCAAUGCUGGAGUUACAGAGGAGCAGGAUGAGAGAGGAGGCACGGGAGUAUAAGUUCAGGGAGGUUCGACUGCUGCAGGACUACACUGAACUAGAGGAGGAAAACAUCUCACUGCAGAAACUGGUGGCUACACUUAAACAGAACCAGGUGGAGUAUGAAGGUCUGAAACACGAGAUUAAGGUUUUGGAGGAGGAGACAGUCUUGCUGAACAGUCAAUUAGAAGAUGCCCUGCGUUUAAAGGACAUCUCGGAGAGCCAGUUGGAGGAAGCACUGACUGCUCUGAAAAGUGAGCGUGAGCAAAAGAACAACCUGCGUAAAGAACUUGUCCAGCACCUGACAGUGUGUGAUGCUGCUUUCACCUCAGCUAGUGCACAUCUACUGGCCUUCAGCUCAGCACCUCCAAGUGGCAGUGCCACGCCCACCACUGCCACAUCGCCGGGAAGCGAGGAUGGUGGCAAAUGCAACGGACUUCUGUUGGGUUCAGCUGGAACAGCAAUGACCCGACUCAAUAGAGAUAUCAGAGCAGCAGAUCAGAGAAACCAAAGUCACUUGAUCACUACUGACCUCUUUAGUGAACUUCACCUUACAGAGAUUCAGAAGUUCAAACAGCAGCUUCAGCAAGUGGAGCAGGAGAAGACGUCUGCAGUAAGCAGCUUGCAGGAAUGUCAAACACAGUUACGACACACACAGCAUGCUCUGACUGAACAGUUCGAAAGGGCACAGCACCUCCAGAAGAGAGUUCGUCUUCUUCGCCAGCAGAGCAGUGCUACAGAAGGCGGUAACGAAAAUGAGGAUGAGCCAGAGUUAAAGAGUCCCUCAUGGGUGUGUGGCGACCUGGACACGAAACUGCUGCACUGUAAGUACAGAUUGGCAGUGGCAGAAGUUGUAAAUUUGAAUAACGAGCUGAAGGAGCUGCAGAAAAAUCAAGUGGAAGGAGCAGCACAAGAACAUGACCAGACUCAGCUGCAAACUCUAGAAAGGCAAGUAGCUCACUUAGAGCGCAGCUGCCGUGAUUCAAGGGAGAAGGCAGCGUCACUUGAGCAUGAACUAAAGACAGUGAGCAGUUCUGCCUCUGAGAGCCAUAGCAUCCUGGCUACAGCCCAAGAAGAGCUGACCACCUUUAGUGAGGAACUAGCACAGCUUUACCACCAUGUCUGUCUGUGCAACAAUGAGACACCCAACCGUGUGAUGCUGGACUACUACCGGCAGGGCCGGACCCCACCACGUGCUACACCAACAGGUCUUAAAGGACAGGAUGAGCUUAGAGCUUUGCUGACGCCUCGACUGGCUCGUCGUCUGGCAGCUAUCAACGCUGCAACAAUGUCUUCACCCAGCGACUCUCAGAGCCCCUCAGAGUCGCCGUCUAAAGAACCCCUCAACUCAGAGGACAGCCCAGUGCAUAACCCUCUGGGCUCACCAGCUGUCAGUGCCUCUUCAUCAUCAUCUUCAUCUCCAGCCCCUGAUUCAUCUUCUGGUUCUGAGCCCCGCCGCGAACCCACAAAUAUUCAACACUUAAAUGCCAUCAUCCGUGACCAGAUCAAGCACCUGCAGAAAGCUGUAGACCGCUCGUUGCAGCUGUCACACCAAAGAGCGGCUGCCCGUGAACUUGCACCACUUCUUGACAGAGAGAAAGAAGCCUACAUGGAGGAAAUUCUUAAACUCAAGUCUCUGCUAAGUUCAAAGAGGGAGCAGAUCGCAACAUUGCGCUUUGUGCUAAAAGUCAACAAACAGACUGCAGAAACAGCAUUGGUAAACCUGAAAAGCAAGUAUGAGGCUGAGAAGCACAUGGUGACUAAGACAAUGAUGAAACUGCGGAAUGAACUAAAGGCUCUAAAAGAGGAUGCUGCCACCUUCUCUUCUCUCAGAGCAAUGUUUGCCACACGGUGUGAUGAAUACGUAACUCAGUUGGAUGAGAUGCAGAGGCAGCUGGCAGCCGCGGAGGAUGAGAAGAAAACACUGAACUCCCUUCUCCGCAUGGCUAUCCAGCAGAAGCUAGCAUUAACACAGCGCCUGGAGGACCUUGAAUUUGAUCAUGAACAAUCACACCAGCCCCAUACCAGCAGGACGGUCAGUUUCAGGGACACAUCACCCAAAGUAAGUGGAACAGCCACCUUGCCCCUUCCUGACACUUUGUCCACGGUAGCCGAGGCACUUGCAACAGCCUCUGCCACAUCAUCCCCUAUGGCCUUAGUUACUCCCUCUCUUUCCUCUGACCCGGGCAGCCCACCUUCUCUGGAAGUACCUUCUUCCCCUGCCUCCUCCCUUUCCUCUACUUGGACCCCCUCAACUACACCUCAUAGCUCAAGCCAAACCCACUGGACUGUAGGAAUGCGUACACAUGGGGUGAAGCCACACUCCUUUGGUGUGGAUUACAUUCAUACCACCAGUAUGUCCCGCACCACCAGACUGGCGCGUCGCUAUGCGUUUGAGCCGCUGUACUCAGUCUCACCCUCACACUAUCGCUCGCCAGUGCUAAGCUCCUAUCGCUCCUCGUGGAGCUCACCCAGAACUCGCCUGGCCCCCACAAACCUGACUCACACCACCCACACAGGCAGAUAUACCUCCCCAUCUUCAUCUUCCCAUGGCUCACUAUACUCAAGAAAUUACAGCUCCCAGCAUCCCCGCUAAUGAGGGCUCGGCGGGGUGGCACAGAGAGGAGAACAAACUGGUUUCCUGGUUUUUGUAGUGUCCACUGUGCUUGACGCUUUUCUGUGACUGUUUUACUCAGGGAUUUCAUGGAGCACAAGUGGCGUUAACUUGGUGCAUGACAGCAUUUAAGUACAAGCCUCCCAAACAAUAGAGAUUAGAGUGUCAUGGACAUUAAUCACCUGUGUUGGCUUUAGGCACUGUUGUGGUUUUUAAAAGAC